AUCCUCUCAGUGUUGUCCAAGACGUGACGUGAGGUGGUUAUCGCUUCGCUGCUCUCACCUCCCAUUUUGACCACUCUCUCGUAACGGGUGACCUGCUUUGACCUUUGACCUGGCGACGGGUCACACUUAUUGCGAGGAUUACUGGAGUGGCUUGUAACGAUUUUGACCCGCUGAGCUACCGGUUAAAGGGAGUGUGGUGACGUCACAGGAAUGCAGUUCGUUUAUUGGCUGAUUCGCAGGUAGCGGGCGUGUGGCGUGCGUGUGGGCAGGCGCGGGCGAGGUCAUGCCAGCAGCCAGGUCAAGUUUUCUGGGAGAGGCUCUCACCCACAAUGCCGCCGCCUCUGCACGCUCCCUCUCCUCCAUGUGUGUUAUUAUCUUGGAGAGCUGCAGCAGAGGAAGGGGAGGCAGGCAGCCCCCCUACCCCUCCUUACCGACAGCACCACCUUCCCCCCUCGACAGACGAAGAGGUUGACGAGCGGAGCCCCUAUGACCGUGUGCUGUACGGCCUUCACCACGACCCUCGCUGGCUCAAGGAAGUCACGCUGGGUCGGCGGGUUGGCUUCUAUAGAUUCCGUGGCGAGCUGGGCCAAGGAAAUUUCUCAACAGUACGCCUUGCUCUCCACCAGCUGACGAGAGACAAGGUGGCCAUCAAGGUAAUCGACAAGAGCAAGCUGGACCAGAAGACGCAACGUAUGCUGGCCAGGGAGAUCGCCAACAUGGACACCCUGGCGCACCCCAACAUUAUCAGGCUGUUCGAAGUGGUGGAGUCGUUAUCCCGCAUUCACCUGGUACUGGAGUUUGCUGGCGGCGGAGAGCUCUUCAACACGAUCACCACGGAGGGCCGCAUGACGGAGGCUCAGGCGGCCGCUGUCUUCACCCAGGUCCUCUCCGCCAUUACCUACCUGCACGGCCUGUCUAUCAUCCAUCGAGAUAUCAAGGCCGAGAACGUGUUUGUAGCCGGGCCGGGUCUGGUGAAGCUUGGAGAUUUCGGCUUUUCAACGAGAGUCUCUCAUUUGGAACAGCAACUCAGUACCUUCUGUGGCUCACCGCCCUAUGCUGCUCCAGAACUGUAUAAGGACGAGAGUUACCUGGGCCCUGCUGUGGACACCUGGGCAUUAGGGGUGUUGCUGUUCUUUAUCCUCACUGCUGACAUGCCCUUCAAGGCGUCAACAGUAGCUGGUCUGAAGCGACACAUCUUGACGGGAGUGUAUGAGACGCCUUCCCACGUCUCACCUGAAGCCUCCGAUCUCAUAUCCAGCCUUCUAGUGCAAGACCCGACCCAGCGCCCGGACACUGCCACCAUCGCUGCCCACGCCUUCCUCGCAGACGCGCCCUCCCCGCCGCCUCCUCUCGAUCCGUAUGUCCUCGCUCCAACCUUCGACUCUUCCCCAGAUUACAAUGAGGCCGAAGCUCUGCAGACACUAUCAGAAUGGGGGAUCACAAGAGGCAAUUUACAAGACAGUGUUCCCCUUGGCGCGCGAUCACCAGCACUCGCAACUUACCGCAUACUGGUUCACCGCCUCACCACGCCAGCACCAGCGCACUCCAGCCUCUCCGCGCCCUCCCAGCACACGCAGCAGCUCUCCUCAGACCCCUCCACGCCCACCAAAGAGACAGCAUCCACGGCGUCGCCCAGAAGGAGGUUGAAGUUGAGAAAUGGUCACACUCCGGUCAGUCUGUCGCCCGGGGUGAAGUCGCGAGCUUGUGCUAUCGUGUGAGUUUUGCUUGAGAGAGAGAGAGAGAGAGAGAGAGAGAGAGAGAGAGAGAGAGAGAGAGAGAGUAAAGAUUGUUUUUCUUCUCUUCA